AUGAACAGUUAUUUUUUAUUAUUACUUAUUAUUAUAAAAAUAUUUUUUCUAAAUGAUUUAAUUAGUUCUUAUUAUGUUAAUGAAAAUAUUAAUUAUAGAGAUAAAAGAACUAUCUUGUCUGGUAAUGAAGAAUUAAGGUUAAAGUUACCUAUUACUUAUUUUAUUACUAAGCCAAUUAAUGCUUUAUAUAUAAAAAUAGCAUUAGGAGUUUUAAUGAAUACAACAUGUUUAAGAUUUAAAGAAAUUACUUAUCAAACACAUUCAAACAUUUUAUUUAAACCUAAUCCAUAUUAUGAUGCAGUUUUUGUUAAAAAAGGACUUUUGCUUGGUAUGGUAAUGCUUCCAAGUAACGAUCUUCAAUUAGCAAAGAUUAUAAGAGAGACUUUAUAUUUAUUAGGAUUACAAUAUGAACAUAAACGAUAUGAUAGAAAUAAAUAUAUUUCAAUUAAUAUUAGAAAUAUUCAAAGACAAUUUAUAGAAAAAUUUGCAAUAUCACAUAAAUAUGUUAAAAAAAAAUUUGAUCUUGGAUAUGAUUUAUCAUCAAUAAUGCAUUUUUCACCACAUGAAUAUGCAUAUGAAGGAAAGAAAACAUUUAUACCUUUUAAAAUGGAUAUGAAUCAAUUAGUUGGUAAUGUCAAAAUACCAUCAUUCAAUGAUAUUAAGUUAGUAAAUUUAAAACAUUGUACAACAGUACUUACACCAAUAUUACCUUGUCGUAACUAUGGAUAUUCAGAUCCUUUAAAUAUAGGACGUUGUAGAUGCUUACCAUUUUAUGAUGGAAAAUUUUGUGAACUUUAUAAAAAAAAUUUUAAUAAUUGUGCAAAAAACAAUAUUUUUGAAGCUGCCAAUAAAGUUAGAAGAAUUGACCUUUUUUUGAAUUCAAAUUGCUUUUUUUUUAUUAAAUCUCAAAAUAGUAAAAAAGUGUUAUUAAAAAUCGGAUUUUUAAGUAAACAAUAUUAUAAUAAACUUUGUUCACGAACUUCAAAAAUUGAAAUUAGAUAUCGAAAAAGUUUAACACUUGGUGGAUACAAAUAUCCUAGAAGUUUAUAUAAAGUAAAUAUUAUAUCUGAAGGUCCUUUGAUUGUUGUUCACUCUAUUUUUAGUAAACCAUUUUGUAUUCUUUCAAUGAUAUUUGUAGAAAAAUAA